AUGGUCGAGCUCCUUCACAACCCUGAAAAGAUGGCCAUGGUUAAGAUGGAGCUCUCAAGGACCCUUGGUGGUCCUGAGCACACCGUGGAAGAGUCAGACAAAUCUCGACUCCCUUACUUACAGGUAGUGGUGAAGGACACUUGGCGGCUCCACCCCUCGGCACCACUUCUCGCACCCCAUAGGGCCGAUGCUACUGUAAAUGUGGCUGGAUACAUAGUGCCGGGACAUACAAAAGUGUUGAUCAACAAUUGGGCAAUCGUAAGAGACCCUAAAGUGUGGGACAAUCCAACAACCUUCUUGCCGAAGAGAUUCCUGGGUUGUAAUGUGGAUUACAUGGGCAAGGAUUUCCAAUUUCUUCCAUUUGGGGCAGGGCGGAGGAUAUGCCCUAGGGGUGCACUUGAUGCUUGCGUCUUUGUUGCAUUAUUUUGA